UCAAGGGGCCCCGAACUGAGGCGUGACUGAACCGCAACUCCCACGAAAAGACGCCACUUUCUGUCUGUCGUUCUUGUCCGUCCUGCCUGCAUCCUUCGGUCGUCGAGUUUAUUCUCGGAAAAUCCGCCCCAUGAACAUAAACCACUGCUAAGAUUCUUCUACGUUUUCAUCGAAGACUUUUGAAUAACUUCUUACACGGAAGCACCCGACCAACCAAUGUCAAUGUUAACUUCCUUGUUCCUUGACAAUUUUCCGGACAUUUAGGAUGAGAACGACACCAAGUUACGCGUGAGAUCUGCUUCCUAUUCACGAAAUGGAAUCGGAAAAGUUUUGAGUAAGUUUUCUGCGAGCAACUUUUAAGGGGUCGUCGACAAAGUUGUGCAAGUCAGAGGAGGCUGCGGGUCGCCCGGAACAUUCCCCCACUUUUCCUGCGCCACUUUAAGUGGAAUGGGACGCCUUGAAACCUCCGUGUUUGGAUCUUGAAACUGCGAGGGGCGCCUGAGCACCAUAUUGAAUCAAAGUUGCCAACUUAGUGACAAAUGUACUGCAAGUUCGGGCUUUCCAUGCAGCCACACAAACGGCCGGAAUAUAAGCGUGGAAUGGAGGAGCUGUAGGCGGCGAGUGGCCAACCUCCGCUCGGCUUCGCUGGACGUUCAUGCGGCGCACGAAACUUCAAGUUUGACGCGUGAGCACAGUUGGACGUUAUGGACAACCCGUCCUCGGUCAUCACGCAGGUCAGCCGGGAUGAAGAGGGAAAUAAAGCAACGGACAGAGUGGACACGGGUUCCACACCCACCAAGUCCACCAAGAAGCCCCGCAGCGGUGGCUUAUUUUCCAUCUUCUCCUGCUGCCUCUGCCGGGACCAGCCUGAGCCCCCACCGGUCAACAACAACGCCCCCUUGCUAGUUGAGGAGAAUGGCACCGUCUCCAAGAUCCAGGUGAAGCCGCUACUGCCUCCAGCCAAGUCCAAAGAUGCCACAAAGGUCUGCGUGGUUAUCGACUUGGAUGAGACACUCGUUCACAGUUCGUUUAAGCCUGUGAACAAUGCCGAUUUCAUCAUUCCUGUGGAAAUAGAUGGAACUGUACACCAGGUGUAUGUCCUGAAGCGGCCUCAUGUGGAUGAGUUCCUGAAAAGGAUGGGAGAAAUGUUUGAGUGUGUCCUGUUCACUGCCAGUUUAGCCAAGUAUGCCGACCCUGUCUCUGACCUCCUGGACAAGUGGGGAGCCUUCCGCUGCCGCCUCUUCCGAGAGUCCUGCGUCUUCCACAGAGGAAAUUAUGUCAAGGAUCUCAGUCGCCUUGGCCGGGACCUUAACAAGGUCAUCAUAGUCGACAACUCUCCUGCCUCUUACAUCUUCCAUCCCGACAACGCUGUGCCUGUGGCCUCUUGGUUCGACGACAUGUCUGACACUGAGCUUCUGGACCUCAUUCCCUUCUUCGAGCGGCUAAGCAAAGUGGAUAAUGUCUAUUCUGUCCUUAAACACCAAGGGGGGGCCACAAGCUAACAGAAUUUGGACAGAAUGGCAUGCUAAUCUGAUGUGCCUGCGCGUGCACACACACACACACACACACACACACACACAAACACGCAUGCAAGACUGCAGCUUCCACUGCCAACCCAAACGCAGACUCUUUCCAGCCUACCCCAAGUGAGGAGUCUACGGUAGUGUUAAUGCUGCUACCCAUCCAGAAAAUUGCUUGACAAUAAUGCUCCAUUUCCUCACUCCCUCGGAAGUGGUGAUCGCAUGUCAAUGGAUGAGCAAAUGGUUAAGGACCCUUUUCUCUGUUGUCGGCAUUGAACUCUCUGGACUGCUGAUAUUUCAUCAGUUCACAUUUCACUGAACCUUAGCUCGCCUCCUGAAGGUGCCUUUUUAAACUUUAUUAUUUUAGCCCUGCCACAAAGACAAGGCAAACCUGCCACAGCCCUCAAAAGCAUCUGAUUUGUGGGUGUACAUUUCCAAGUCACCCAGGUCACAUUUUUUGCAAUUUGACUCGUAUUUGACAGGCUCGCUUCCACCUUUUGAAAGUGAAACUUGAACUCUUCCGUGCAGCAGUGGAGGAGAAGAAUGUGACCGCAUGGCUUUUUAAAAUUUUUUGUCUAAAUACAGUGACUUUUUCUUUCCUUUGUAUUCUGAAACGGUACACAUAGGCUGGUAACAAUCUCAUGCAUGGGGUAAAAAGUGUGUUACGAUGUAUGUAUUUAAAGCUACAAUCAACCCCGAACGAUUUCUUGGUCAAUACUGUCAUCUGUCUGUGAUUGUUUUGAGAUCUGUCAGUGCAGCUACAAUUAUGCCACAGUUGUCUCGUCUGUCCGUCGGAGUCCAAGUGCAUUGUUUCACGGUGGCGUUGUGAGAGACCAACCAAGUGACAUUUGACAUAUUUGGUGAGUUUAAAGGAGCUGUGUUGGAUCCAACAAGCCUCUUGGACUGUUUUGACCCCCCCCCCCCACCCCAUGUAUGCAAAUGACAAAAUCAAACAGCCGCAGCUGAAUGUGACUGGAUUGUCCUUUUUGCAGUACCGCUCUUCAGCGAAAGCAGGGAUGACGAACAUAUUUUACAGUAUUUCUGUAUGCUUUUGAAGUUCCUGUCAAUCAAACUCCCUGUUCUUUAAAAAAAAGAGAGAGAAAAAAAAAACAA